AUGAAGAAGAGUGAAGCGAUCAAGAAAUAUUUCGCGAGGGUUACAGCUGUAGUGAACCAGAUGAGAAGAAACGGAGAAACAAUGUCGGACACCAUUAUCAAAAGGCAAGGGAUGUCAAAACUAUGUCAGUCAAUGAACUACAAAGCUCGUUGGCUAUACAUGAGCAGAAAUCCAAGCCUAUCGAAAAGAAAAAAAGAUCAAGCCUUGAGAAUGUCUGUUUAUGUUAAUGGAAGAGGAAGAGGCAUAGGAAUGAAUAGAGGAAGAGGCAGAAGAGGAAGGGCAUUCUACAAGUCACAUAUUGAAUGUUUCAAGUGCAAGAAGUUGGAACAUUUUCAGAUUGAAUAUCCUAAGUGGGAGAAAGUCAAUUAUGAUGUAUAG